AUGCUGAUGCUUUGCAAGGUCACCAAGGCGCUGUUCAUCAGCAACGCCCGCACGGUCUGCAAUGAGGAAAUGCUCCAGCAGGAGGCGAUCACGCUUUGCAUCAACGUCUCCAAGCAGCAGCCGUUUCCCACCUCGGGCAUCGCCCAGCUGCGGAUCCCCGUCUACGACGACCUGAACGAGGACCUGUACAGCCACUUCGACCGCUGCGCCGACAUCAUCCAGGAGGAGGCGAAGCGCGGCGGCCGCAGCGUCGUCUACUGCAAGAACGGCCGCAGCCGCUCGGCCACCGUCUGCAUCGCCUACCUCAUGAAGCACCGCAAGAUGCCGCUGGCGGAGGCCUUUGAGAGAGUGAAGAUGGCUCGUCACGUGAUCGAGCCCAACCCCGGCUUCAUGGCCCAGCUGGAGAGAUACGAACAAGAUCUGAAACGGCGACGGCGCGAGGAAAAGUGACAAGAUCGUCCACGUGGAAGCCCGGCGCUCCUCACCCCGA